GUGGCUCUUGUGUGUGAGGACUCCCUCACACUGGCCCAUCAGCGUACUUGCAGGCCUCUCCUACUUCUACAUGGUGGCAGCUUGGGGUGGAUACAUUUUUGUGAUCAACAUGGUUGGGCUCCAUGCAGCUCUCUUGGCAGCUUUGGGGCGCUUCAAUUCGGGGGUGCACAAGGCCUACAGCAUCUUCUACAUAGUGGGGACAGCAGGAGCCAUGCAGGUUCCAGUGGUUGGUUUACAACCGCUGCGCUCCGUGGAACAGUUAGGUCCCUUGAUGGUGUUUGUCGGCUAUCAAGUGCUUGCCUUCUGCGAUUGGCAAAGGCGAAGGCGACAGAUGGCUGCCUUUGACUUUGCGGUCUUCCGAAUCAAAGUUAUGGCGGCGCUGGUGGUUGUCACAGCGUUGGUUUGCGCUGCUCUUUACCCCACUGGGUACUUCGGCCCCAUCUCCUCACGGAUACGGGGCUUGUUCGUCAAGCACACGAAGACUGGAAAUCCCUUGGUCGACUCUGUUGCUGAACAUCAGCCAGCCAGCCCUUCCAUGUACGCGAGCUACCUGAACUUGCCCUUGGACUACGUGGUCUUGGGUGGCCUUGUAAGUUUGUGGCAUCGCAACAAUGGUUUUCUGCUUCUGUGUCUCUAUGGCUUCGUGGCGCAACACUUCUCUGGGAAGAUGUCACGCCAACGCCUCGGAAAGACCUCGGUUUUAGACCGUGAUGACCGUGUCGUGUCAAGGCGAGACAAGCGGACAGGCCAGAACUUUAUUGUGGAUGACUACUUGAAAGGUUACCAAUGGAUUGAUGAAAACACACCCAAGGACUCACGGGUUAUGGCUUGGUGGGAUUACGGAUACCAGAUCACAGGCAUCGCGAAGCGCACAUCCAUCGCGGAUGGCAACACCUGGAACCAUGAGCACAUCGCAACCCUGGGCCGUACUUUGACCAGCAGCGAGAAGAAGGCUCACAAUGCAAUUCGCCAUUUGGCAGACUAUGUCCUGGUCUGGGCUGGUGGCGGUGGGGAUGACUUGGCCAAAUCGCCUCAUUUGGCAAGGAUUGGCAAUUCCGUUUUCCCUGAUCAUUGUGGGGAUGACGACCCCAAGUGCAACAAAUUCAGCUUUUACUCUGAUUAUUCACCGACUCCCAUGAUGGCGAGAUCUCUUCUCUACAAACUCUGCCAGCACAAAGUUAGUCCUGGUGUCUCAGUGAAUGAGAAGCUCUUCAAGGAGGUUCACACGACCAAGCAUGGCUUGAUGCGCAUUUACAAAGUGAUGAACGUGUCUCAAGAGAGCAAAGAUUGGGUUGAGGCCUCAGAGGGUUUGCCAUGGUGCCUUGUGGUGGCCCCUGUUUGCGUAGCGGGAAGUGCUUCAAGUGCUUCAAGUGGUGAAGCUCGUGCUGAAGCUCGUGCUGUCUCAAAGCAGACUCUGGGUAUUUUUUCUCAUCUCGCUCUCACGUUGCGACUCCUCUGGUCGAAGUGGUCAAAGUCGAAGCGGUCACGGCGCAACUUGACGCCUUUGCCUCGCUCCUUCCCUUGGCGCUUCCGUCAAGAUCUUCGCCGCAAAGGUUGUGGUGUGGUUCGAAUCCCUUCUGCGGCAGUGGAGCCUUUACAACGCAUUGCGCAGGAAUACCUCACCCGGGAAUUUCCUCAGUUUUCACCAAAGACCGCAAAACCGAAGCUUCGGGGACAAGGGAGGAAAAGCGUUGAAUCAAUUGAAGCGCAAGGGACUGCAACUGAAUCAACUGAGUCAACUGGAUCAUUUUUUCGUGCUGAUGGCUUGAAUGCAGCGUUUCCUUCCAGUAUGUCCUGGCACUGGGCAUCAGAUGCUGCAACCUUAGAGGUUUUUGCCAAAGCGGGACAGCAUGUGCUCCGAUUUUUAGGGGAUGAUUUCGCUCUGGUGGCAGCCUCUCUAGUGGUCGCAAGUGGUGACUGUAUGGACGAUCUGUCGAAGUUUCACUUGGACUUUGGUCCACCAAAGAUUCCUCGAGGAGUAGCAGCUACAGCACUGAUGCCCCUAUGGCCAGAUCGUUUCCCAUCUGAAGGACAUCUUGCACCUUGGCUGGAAGAAAUUCGACCGUGGGAUGCCAACGAAAUGGUCACUUACCACUAUCAAGCUGGAAGGGCUGUGGUUUUUGACGGGAAGCUUGCACAUCGAACGCAGCCUUUUCGAAUUCAAAGCUUUGCUGGUACAUCGCUGCGUGUCUUGGCCUCCAUGAGCUUCGCUUGGCUUCCAUCACAUGCGCCCUGGAAAAGUGCUGUGAACCAGGUGGCCGAUCCGAAGAAUCGCAUUUGCGAUGCACCUGGCAGUUGGUACUGUGUUGGCCAGUACCCCCCUGCUCUUGAGAAGCUUAUAGCCAAGCGAAGGAAUUUCGCCCAAAUCGAAGAUUUCAACAAACAGGGAGGGAAGAGCGUCCUGGCCUCGACAGCCUCAACAUCUCGGUAG